AUAUCUGUCUGAAGGAGGUUCCCUCCAUAGCAGACAGUGUGUACAACAUCCAGCUACUGAGUGAGUUUUCUACUGAGUACCUGAACAAAUGUUUUUAUUUGAAACCUGAGGACCUGCUGUACUCUGCACCAGUACUAAAGAAUAAUGUCAUGGUCUUCAUUGCUGAGCUUUUCUGGUGGUUUGAGAAUGUGAAGCCAGACUUUGUACAGCCCAGGGAUCUCCAGGAAGUCAAAGAUGUGAGACUGUUGCUGCAGCCUAAAAGUUCUCGAUCCUAUGUGCCCAUCUCUAACGUUACCAAACGAAGCUUCAUGACAUCAUCAAACUCUGCAGACGUUUUGACCACGCCACCGAGCCCUGACCUCAGCACUAAACAAAGCUCAACAAGCCCAUCUCACCCUUUACUUCCCCUGAGACAGAGACAACAGAAGGUGGUUGAGGAGAGCACUUCAGUGGUGAGAAAUAGGUCCAACUCUCUCGCAGAUGGACAACAUCAGGGCUCCAUAUUGGCUUGGCCGGAGAGAAGGGCGAGACCUUUAUCCCAGCAAGCCCCCUACGCUCUGCAUUUUGCCAGAGAGGACGACGCCGACAGUAUCAGCCUCGCUCGCUCCAUCAGCAAAGACAGCUUAGCCUCUAACAUCAUGAGCAUUACCCCCAAACACAUGCUGGGAUCAGGUCUGUCUCAGCACAGACUCAGUGGUCAAAGCUUACUCAGUCACAUGCGCAUAGAGGACGAAGAAGAGGAAAUAGAGGAGGAGGAACUGGUUGCCGUCAUCCACCCUUCUGCCUUUUCUCGAAAAAGAAUUGGGAGUGACAUGGAGCAGGAUGAGCUGGAAAUACAGAGUGCAGCCUCCACCUCCAGGGUUCCCAAUACUUCUUGCUCUCCCCGCCUUGACACGGGUCCCUUUACUCUGGAUCACCAGGCAGACAGCUACUAUCUAGAGCCUUUGAUGCCCGCCGUCCCUAAGCCGGCCAAAGAGAAGAGCAUCAGCCUGAACAAGCAGGAGGAGAGCGGUGAAAGUCGCUUUAGACCAGCAGCAGGUGCGAGGAAAGCAACUAUCAGUGUCCCAGGCACCUCACAGAGAAAAUCCCCUGUGGCUGAGUCAAGCAGAAGUGUCUGCACACCCACACUGAUGGUAGAAUCAGUCCCUACAUCUCUCAGGCCACCCACAGAGGGCUCAACUGGCAUCUCUCAGUCUGUGACGAAACAGCCUCAAGGCUUUUUCCUUCAUUUGUCAGGAGAGUCAGACUGCCACAGUCCUUUCUCCACUGUGCUGGAGGCUGGGCAUGACUCUGACUCUGACAUUGCAGACCUUGAGGAAGACGAUGAGGAGGACGAUCAGAUGGAGCUGACUAAAGAGGUGCUGAAGAGAGGAAGGGGGAGGUUCUUAGAGGAGGGAGACUUGGCUGAGUUUGGGGAGGGAGAAGGGGAGUCUGCCAAACUGAGGGAAGACUUGAAGGUGAGCGAGCGGGAGGAUAAGGAGGAUGGCAGCGGACGUUCGAGCCCUUGCCCCAGCACCAUAUCUUGGGCGAGCAGCUGCAGCGCUUCAGGCAGUGCCAGUGUCAAGAUGACGAGCUUUGCAGAGAGAAAGCUCCUGAAACUUGGCCUCCGUGAUGGAUACUCAAGCACCAGCAGCUCCCAGAAGACCACACCAGAUGGCUCUGAGGUUGCCCCCUGCCCUCCCUGGCAACUGAGGAGUGAACCCACCUCAGGUUGGCUGGGGAAGGAGCCUAGCACUGUGUUGGGGAAGAAUAUGAUGGCGAGUCCUCCAGUUGUGCCUUCAGAGCUGCUGCAACUUCACAUGCAGCUAGAAGAGCAAAGACGUGCAAUAGAGUAUCAGAAGAAGAAGAUGGAAACCUUAUCGGCAAGGCAGAGACUAAAGCUGGGGAAAGCUGCGUUCUUGAACAUUGUUAAGAAGGGUGGAGGGAGGAGUGAUACACUUCCUUUACCACUGAAACACUCCCAGGAAUCCUCAGAGGUAACAGCUGCUGACAGGAGUAAAUCAAAGACACAGUCCUGCAGGGAUGAUUCCUGUCUUGAUGCUCUGAAGGUGCAGGCAAGAGCAGGUCAAACACACGGAGGACAGAUGAACCGAGACAACAGGUUGAACGCCAUGUCUGAAGAUAGCAUGGCUGAACCCGACUUGAACGAGUGCUCCCGCUCCAUAGAUCUACUUAAUGAAGCUAUCAGUUCUAUUCAGCAGCAGAUGAUGCAGCUCUCCUUCCAGCAAGACCUGCUGAUGAAGCAGAGUGUGGUCUCCCCUCCAGACUCUGUGCAACCAGACCUGACGAAGCAGAGUGUGGUCUCCCCUCCAGACUGUGUACAAACAGACCCAAGCACAAACCCCAACACAGCGCAACCAGAACUCUCUACCUCAGACUCCAGAUCUUAUGCAGUUCACUUUGUAGAUAUCAGCGGCAGAAACUCUGUCCCCGCUCGCCGUCCUCCCAAGCUUAGCUCCAGCCAGCGCGGCAAAGCCUCUCAGUGGAAACAGAGUAAAGAACACAGCAAGACGUCUGCGUCGAAGUUAAGCGUCCCGUCCUCAGACUGCGCACUUUCUGCUGGAGAGCCUGAGACAGGGAGCAUCGCCGAGAGCUCCAGAACUGAUAGAAACGUUCAGAGAAGCACCACCUUCAGAGUCCACGAUAGCAGCGGAGAAGGAACUGGGCGCUCCUCAGACAAACCCCAAUCACAGGACCCACCGGUCAUCUCCAGCACAUCCAACUCUGUGUCACAGGAUGCAGAACGCCAGGAGCUCAAAGCUGUCAGCUCAGGGAAAGAGUUUGUUGGUGGGGAUGACUCUGCUAGAGCUAAGGGUCAACUUAUUGAGGUUGACUUGUCGGGGGUGAAGGAGCCACUGGAGGAUGGCAGCACAGACGUUACAGACUGCAUGGCAGAAGGAGAACAGAAGAAUGUGUUGGGCUUCUUCUUUAAGGAUGAUGAGAAGGCAGAGGAUGAAAUGGCGAAACGUCGAGCGGCCUUCCUCCUUAAACAGCAGCGCAAAGCUGAGGAGGCAAGAGUACGCAAACAGCAGCAAGAGGUCGAGAGCGAACUCAAGCGCGAUGAGGCUCGGCGUAAAGCAGAAGAGGACCGUAUUCGUAAGGAGGAAGAGAAGGCGCGGCGAGAGCUAAUUAAACAGGAAUACCUGCGGAGGAAGCAGCAAGCCCUCAUGGAGGAGCAGGGCCUGGUCAAACCUCGCCCACGGACUAAAUCCCGCAGGAACAGGCCUAAAUCACUGCACCGGGAAGAGUCCAGCAGCCUCUCCAAAGUAUCCACCACCCGUAAUUCUCUGAAGGUGUCCAUGUUGAUCAAAGCCCAGGGCUCAGCAGCAGGCUGCAGGGGAGCUGAUCUGAGCUGCAGUUAUCGAGGUUCUACGCUGUCUUUGGCGACUGAGCCAGACAGUGUCAUCUCUGGAGGGGCAGAAUCACACAGGGCUGGGUCUGUGUGCUCUAUGGAGUCAUUCCCCCUGCUGAGCAGGGCGUCCAGCAGGAACAUGGAGCGAGACUGGGAGAACGGCUCCAUAGCCUCGUCCAUCACUUCAACUGAGUACAAUG